AUGGAUCCCGCACGUCAGCACGCGGGUUCUGCACCCGCUGCUCUCCCCCCAGACGUCCCCACUGCCGCUCUAAUUCCAGAGCCUUCUUCCCUUGCGUCUGCAGCAAUCGGUUCUCAACCUGUGACCUCCGGCCUUGCUCUUCCACAUGCUGUGACUGAGCUUUCCCUAACAGAAGCACGUCUGAAGUCGUCAGCUGGGCGUUUCUCCCUUCCAGGAGUCAUUUCCUCCGCUGCUAAGGCUUUGUCAUCGCCAGGACUUCAGGCUGCGGCAGAGAAUGUAUCCCCGUUACAAGCACGCUCGUCUAUGGAUGUAUCCGCACCCCAUGGUCCCCUGGAGUGUACUGCAAGGAGUAACCUGGCUCGUAGCUUAAGCAGCAGCAAUAGCAGGAGAGCGCGUGAGAGGCCUCAGCUGGAACCGCAUGAGGAGCAAAGUGGGAACCCCAGGAAGCAGCAGCGGUUGCUUCCCAGCGAGGAUGAGGUGAGGGAGGCUGCAACUGAUUGGCCAACGCUUGGGGCCACUUUGAGACGAGCUCUUGGGGUGGACGGGAGUGGGGGGAGCGACAGAGGGGAGCGGAGGGCAGGGAUAUCGCAAACAAGAGCAGCGGUAGCAGGAGCAGCUCCGGCAGGAGCAGCGGCAGCAGGAGCAGCGCCGGCACAUGGUUGGAGUUUUGGUGAAGAGCAGGGAGAAUCUGAAGAAGCAGCAGGUUUGGCAGAGGAUGAGGAAGGGAUGGUGCAGCAGGAGCAGCAGUCUGAAGCCCGAGAGGACCAGCAGGAGCAGCACCAGCAGCCGCAGCAGGAUUUUCAGCUGUUAGCUACCAGCAAAGUGCCAGGUAGUGGAAGGCUUUGGAGGCGAGGGGGGUUAAGUGCUGGUCCCAAGGCAGAACAUGAGUGCAGAUUCUGCGGCAAGGGAUUUGAUUCUCAUCGGGCGCUUGGAGGGCACAUGAAUCUCCACAGGAAAGAGCGCAAGAUAGAAGACGCGUUUCUGAGCAAGGCCGAGGCUCAAGCCCGGGCUGAUUUACAGCUGCGCCAGCAGCAGAGGCUACAGCUGCCUUUGCAGCAGCAGCGGCAGCAGGAGGAGGAGCAGCAGCAGCAGGAGCAGCAGCAGCAACAAGUUGUGCAAGCCUCUGCUGUCGGUGCUCCGGCUGCCAUGGGUGCAUCUGCUGCCAUGGGUGCAUCUGCUGCCAUGGGUCCAUCUGCUGCCACCGAUGCCAUGCCCACCCAGACACCCUUGCAGCCGUCCACCCACUCCAGCCCAUUCUCACCACACCAUCCGCUGCGCCCUCGUCCCUCCCCAGACCCCUUCCUCUCCACCCUCUCCCCUGAACUCCUCCAAUCUCUCGUCCUCCACUCGUGGCCCCCAGGAGCAGCAUCUGGUAACCAUAUAACACCUCGUGCGGUUACCACCGCGUCCUCCUUCGCACCUACCCAUCCUGCUUCUGUUCCGCCGUCCCUUUCACCGUUACCUGUGGUUGCAGUACCUCCAGUGACUGAUCCCUCUCAGCAGCACCAGUCCCAAAAUUCACCACAAGCACAGGCGGGCAUGGGUGGAACGUUGAGGCAACAGGGGCAGGAGCAGCAGGGGGAGAGCCGUCCAGGAGAAGCGUGUGUGGGGCCACAGCAUGAUGUCCAGGAGGUAGUGCGAGGAGUGGGAGGAGUGGGUGGGGGAGAGGGGGCGUUGCAUGGUCUCAGUGCCUUGGAUUGGCCAUCUGCAGCUUCGUAUCUCCAUGGCUUGAGUAUGCCUGCUGUGACUAUGCCUGCUGUGACUAUGCCUGCUCUGACUAUCCCUGGUGUGACUAUUCCUGCUUACGGUUCUUCAGCUGCUGGUGGCGUUACAUCUCAUGGUCCUUCAGGUGCUGCCGUUACAUCUCCUGGACUCCAUACGCACAUGGAGUCAAUUCUACCUGCCUCCAUCCCACCAUGCCAGCAGCACUCGUUCUCCUCUUUGCAGACACCUUCUAUGUUCUCCCAGCCCAACUUGGUGCAGCAGCAGCAAGCGCCAUGGACCACUGGGUUCGCCUUUGGCCAGCAGCAGCCGUUGGCUUCCCAGCCUGUGUUUCACCAGCAGCAGCAACUGUUGGCCUCUCAGCCUGCCUUAGACCAGCAGCAGCAGCAGACUGCUCAGCCUGUGUUUCACCACCACGAUCAGCAAAUGACUUUUCAACCGGCCAUGUGCCUGCAGCAGCAGAAGCAGCAGCAGCAACUGUUGGCCUCUCAGCCUGCCUUGCUCCAGCAGCAGCAGCCAUUGACUUCUCAGCCUGCCUUGAGCCGCCAGCAGGAGGCUGGCGCUCUGCCAGGGCGGCCAUUGCAAGGGGAGCGGGCAGGAGGGAGCAAGGAGGACAAGCUGGCACAGUUGGAACAGCUUCGCCAGUUGCUGCUCUUACAGGAGCAGCUUAUAGGGGAACAACCAGGCGGAGAGGGGCUUCAGUUGAGGCGGCAGGGGUUGGAGGGGUUGAAAGGUGCAGAGUGGUGUGGUGAUUUGAACCACCAGGUGGAGACGAAGGGGGGAGUGGCUGCAGAAAACGAGAGGCAGUGCCGCUCAGAGGAAUAG